AUGACUCUCCAUAUCCUCUUCCGCAAAACAGUUGGUGAGACCUGCGCUCACUUAUAUGAAGCACGCAACCGUGUGAACGACUCCCUGGAGACGAGGCACGUGAUUGGCCGCUGUUACGUACUCAGCGAAGGGCUGCAAGUGGCCGAUGAACUGGAUGGUGGCGAGUGGAAAUUCUGUCAAGGGCGUGAACAGGGGCACGAACGCUUUGGUUACUGUCAGCAGGGAAUAGCCACGGGCUUCACUGCAGAUAGGCAUUACAUCCUCUUUGGGGCACCUGGCACAUACAACUGGAAGGGGACCAUACGGGUAGAGCUGAGUGUCUUGGAUUUCAGUCACUACGACGAUGGGCCGUAUGAAGCCGGGGGAGAAAAGGACCAGGAUCCCUCGCUCAUCCCCUUGCCAGCUCACAGCUACUUCGGUUUUUCUAUAGACUCUGGAGUAGGGAUAACCAAGAAGAAUGAGCUGAGCUUUGUAACGGGGGCACCCCGAGCAAAUCAUAUUGGAUCCGUGGUGAUCCUGCAUCAAGACAACUUUAACCGCUUAGUGCCUGAUGUUAUCCUCUCAGGGGAGAAACUGGCUUCGUCCUUUGGCUACUCUCUGGCUGUAGUAGAUCUCAAUCAUGACGGAUGGAUGGACUUGGUGGUUGGAGCACCAAACUUCUUUGAUAGAAAGGAACGAAUCGGGGGUGCCGUCUACAUUUACAUCAACCAGGCAGGGCGCUGGGAGAACAUCCUCCCCAUUCGCCUCAAUGGCACCUCUGACUCCCUGUUUGGCAUCACAGUGGGUGCCAUUGGGGAUCUCAAUCAAGAUGGCUUUCAAGAUUUUGCAGUUGGGGCACCACUGGAUGGUGAUGGGAAAGUCUAUAUCUAUCAUGGCAGUAACUUGGGAAUUGUGACAAAACCUGCUCAGAUCCUGACUGGGGAGAGUGUUGGCAUCAAGAUGUUUGGCUAUUCCUUUUCUGGAGGGCUGGAUAUUGAUGACAACUUUUAUCCAGAUCUCCUAGUGGGCUCACUGUCUGACACAGUAGUAUUGUACAGAUCUCGACCUGUCGUCCAUAUCUCCAGAAAUAUCACUGCCAACCCCCAAAAUGUCGACCUGGAGAAUAUUAUCUGCCGCUAUAUGGAGGGCAUCUGCAGUGUGGAAAUACAAGCCUGUUUCAUCUAUACAGCCAAACCUUCAAGCUAUAACCCACCCAUCAGACUUGAAUACAGUUUUGAGGCUGAUGGUGACCGUCGGCAACAAGGAAAAACUUCUAGAGUCUUUUUCCGAUAUCAACAGGCCAAAGACCUUGAGCAUCAGUACUCUGGGAUACUGGAGCUGCCCAAACAACAAUCAAAGGUCUGCACAAAGGCCAUCAUGCAGCUAAAGGAGCAAGUCCGGGACAAGCUCCAUCCCAUUGCUGUGAUGAUGACCUACAACAUCAAGCAUGGCCGCAGCAGACGGCAGAUCCCAGGGGCUGCCCUGAGGCCUCUCUUGCCGGUACUGAAUGCCGUGCCACACAACUCUCAGAGGAUUGAGGUCAAUUUCCUCAAGCAAGGGUGUGGGGAGGAUAAAAUCUGCCAAAGCAACCUGCAGCUGAAAUACAAGUUCCACUCUCGUGUUGAUGAUGCCGUGUUCCAACCUCUACCCAGAGGUGAUGAUGGCUUGGACGUUUUUUCUAUGAGUGAUCAGAAAGGCAUAGCCCUUGGAAUCUCUAUCACCAACUUUCCUUCAGUCGCUGCUGAGCCGCAGCGGGAUGGCGAUGAUGCCCAUGAAGCCAUGCUGCUUAUCUCACUGCCAUCUACUUUGACUUAUGCUAGCCUGCGGCAGUACAAUGCCACGGAGAAGAUCCCAACCUGUGUGUCUAACCAGAAUGCUACACGUGUGGAAUGUGAGCUUGGCAACCCCAUGAAACGUGGAGCACAGUUUCAGUUCUACCUUGUUCUGAGUACUUCAGGCAUUACCUUGGAGACCACAGAACUGGAAGUAAACCUAGAACUGACUACGAUCUCCGAACAGCCUGCGUUGGCCCCAGUGGCAGCUCGAGCCCGUGUGAUCAUAGAGCUUCCUCUGUCAAUUACUGGACUGCCCGAACCAAACCAACUCUUCUUCAGUGGGGAAGUCCGAGGCGAAAGCGCCAUGAAGAAGGAAAGCGACGUGGGCAGUCCAGUGAGCUUCAAUGUGACGGUCUCAAACAGAGGCCAAUCCUUGAGCACCCUGGGCUCUGCCUUCCUCUACCUCAUGUGGCCGUAUGAAAUUUCAAAUGGAAAAUGGCUUCUUUAUCCCCUUAAGAUGGAGUUAUUGAGCCAUUCCCAGCAUCGUUCAACCUGCACCCCUAAUCCCAACCCCCUGAGCCUGACUCUGGAACCACCUCCUCGAGGAAGGAAGAAACGUGAGACUGAGCAGGCAGAAAUGUCCAGCCCAUCACUGACUUAUUGGAAAGGACGAAAAAAUGCUACCUUAGACUGUGUGUUAGGCACUGCUCGAUGUCUGCUAUACAAAUGCCCCCUCUACAGUUUUGAGCGUUCAGCUGUGCUUACCAUCUGGGCCCGUCUCUGGAACAGCACCUUCCUGGAGGAAUUUGCUCAUAUGACAUCCGUGGAAGUGAUUGUUCGUGCCAACAUCUCAGUGAGCUCCACUAUUCGCAACCUGGUCCUGAGAGAUGCUACGACCCAGAUCCCAGUGACUGUCUACCUGGAUCCUGUUGUGCCCCUGACACGAGGUGUGCCCUGGUGGAUUAUCCUCAUUGCAGUACUAGCUGGAAUCCUAGUGCUGGGCCUGCUAGUCUCCAUCUUAUGGAAGCUUGGCUUCUUCAAACGUGCCCACUACGAGAAAGCCAAGCUACCCCAGUACCAUGCGAUCAAGAUUCCCCGCCAGGAACGCCAGCUUUUUCAUGAGGAGAAGAUAGGCACCAUCACCAAGAAAGACUGGGUCACUAGCUGGAGUGGAGACAAUGAUGGCCAUGUUCCCGUUUCAACCUAAUUACUUCCCUCUUCUUGCACGUUCUUCUUGCAUGGAGACUGCUUCUUAAGGAGAGACCUUUUAGUGGCACCAGCCGAGCUCACUGGAGCUGUGCUCUUGGCGUCCUUUCCUCUCUGAGUGUUGUGCAGGCACUGGAUGACUCUUUCAGGGGAGGUACAACAAACACUUGGGGGAACUGAUGCUUAACGGUGGAGGUUGAGCUGAUGGAUAUGACAAGGCCAAACCUUUGAAGAGUUUUUACUUCCAGGGAUUUUGAAUUUUCUUGUAAAGCUGAGCAGUAUCUGAUGAGAAAAAAAGAGCCAGCAUCUGUCUGAAGAAAUGCUUUCUUGGUCAUCAGCCAGGGCCAAAAGACCAAUGAACUGUGUACCCUGAUGUUGAGAGCUGGAACGGCAUCUACCUUUGAGUAUGUGGGCCAUCAAGUCAACCUUGACUCUAAGGACAAGUCCCCACAGUUUUCUUGGCAACAUUUUCAGCAGUGGCUUACCGGUACCAGGGGUGGUACCAUUUUUCUACAGCCGGGGACACCACUGCAAGAACAGCAGGAAUAUGCUGCAGGAUCUGGUCCUUUGAAACUGAGGAUAACAUGGGUUGCUUGAGCAGCAUACAGGGCCUCAAAGCCUUUCUCUGUGUGUAUGUGUGGUUGUAUGUAUGUGUGUGUGUGUGCAUGUGCAGAUGCAUGUGCAUGCAGAGGAUGAGAGAGACAGAAACUGCCUUCUUCUGAGCAUGAUUGCUGCCUUCCUGCCAUCUUUUUAGUAGUUUUCAUUGUCUUAAUUCAUAUUAGAAGCACUAGUAGCAUAUUCAGUUGAAUGUGGCUUUCAGUAUCAAAGGUUCUUAUUACUAUGUUUAAAGACAACACCAAAGUAUCUCUUAGUUGCUUGUCUUCUUCCCUGAAAAAAGACAAGAUUCCAGAGGCCCAUCCCUAUCCAAUCAUAACAGAUCUGGUUUCUAUCUCUGUUAUGAACAAACACACAUAUGUACACAUCUCUCUACCCAUUGAUUCCCUCCCUCCCUUCCCCUUUUUUUCCUUCCUUCCUUCCUUCCUUCCUUCCUUCCCCUCCCCCCUCCCCUCCCCUCCCCUUCCUUUCAGAACACAGCAACCUACCUCAUCAGCUUACUGUGAGGCUAGAGCUGAUAAGCAAUACUUAUCAGAAAGGUCAGAUGAAUUUUGAAUAGCAGAACUAACCAAGUUCAAAGGAAAGUCAUACCCAAAAAAUAAAGCCCAAUUCCAGCAAUUACUAUGCUUGCUCAUCUGCACUGUCUGGCCUUUAUGCUUAAUGGAGAUGCAAAUCUAUUUUUAUGCCACAAAAACAAACAAACAAUAAAGUUCAAAGAAGAAUGCUGCAUGUGAUAGAGGCUGGCUUCUCAUCAAAACUAUUAAAUGGCUUCUCUACUUUA